UUGGGAGGGAGAGAGAGAGAGAGAGAGAGAGAGAGAGAGAGAGAUUGUUGAAGUCAAGGAGACUACCAAAGCGCCCAUUAUCUCUAUCUCAUAUUCGUGCGGUACCAGAAUCUUUCGCUGUUGGGUGCUUUUCUCUAUCCAUUCUUUGCGUUCGUUUCAACUCCAGCCGCCUCUGAGCAUUGAGUUUCGACGCUAGAAGUGCUUUGGAGUGGUAGUGAACUUGAGAAAUAACAAGAGAUGGCUUAAGAAGCUCUAUUACUGGGCUUGUUAUUCCAAUUUUGUUGGCAGCAAAUAGUGAGUUUGUAGUUGGGGUUGAGUAUCUGACAGUGGUUAGCACUCUCAAAGCAUCAACAAUGAUGAACAUGCACCCUGCUUUAUCUGUUCAGAGAUCAGGUGCAAAGCAGCUCAGUAACUUGGGGGCUUCUGGAGCUAUGUCUUCAGCUUUUCCAGUUCUCCCUCCCCUUGUUGAAGACAAGUAUACCAAAUAUCCAGAUUCUUUUCAGGUUACCUCAGGAAGGGAACUGAUGACAAAUUCCAAUCCAGCGCAGGCUCCUGCAUUAGGUUCGAACAGCAGUAUUGAUGGGAACAUGUUUACCUUCUCUCCUGGAUUCCCAUAUGAUGUUCAUUUUUCUUCAGUUUCACCACAUGGACAGAAUUCCCAAAAUUCUCCAUUCAUUUCCCAGUCAUCAACUGAGGGAGCACCAUUCCCAACAACCCAUUCUUCCCAUCUGGGCAUACAAUCUACAGCAUUGAUUAAUCACCAUGAUGGAAGUCAGGAUAUCCCUUGGUGUCCAGAUCCACUUGACGAUUUCCUCAAUUUUCCUCAAAGUGUCUCUAUUCAGAAUGGUCAGGUGGAAAGCAGUACCGGUGUCAUAACAUCUGAGGACCAUGCUAGGAGAACUGAUCUGCAGUGGGUUGAUGGAUUAAUCUCUGAGAUGGAUCCAGAUUGGAAUGAGCUUCCCAAUGUUAAUGUAGCAGAUCCUGAACAAAAGCUACAUUCUGUACCACCUGGAGAUUUUCAUGAUGUCACUAAUACGUUGCCCAAUCCACCCCCUGCAAAGUCGCGAAUGCGUUGGACACCAGAACUUCAUGAGGCCUUUGUGGAAGCUGUCAAUCAGCUUGGUGGUGGUGACCGAGCUACUCCAAAGGGUGUCAAAAAUCUCAUGAAUGUUGAAGGCCUGACCAUCUAUCACGUAAAAAGCCACCUGCAGAAAUAUAGAACAGCCAGAUACAAACCAGAGUCAUCAGAAGGAACUUCUGAGAAAAAAUCAACUCCUAUUGAAGACGUGAAAUCUGUAGACCUAAAAGCGAGUAUGGGAAUCACUGAAGCAUUGCGGUUGCAGAUGGAACUGCAGAAGCGGCUUCAUGAACAACUGGAGAUUCAAAGAAAGCUGCAAUUGCAAAUUGAAGAACAAGGGCAGCAUCUUCAGAAGAUGUUUGAGAAACAGAAAGAGAUGGAAGAUGACAGGAUAAAGGCCUUUGCAUCGAACCCGGAUGAUGACAAAUCAGUAACCUCAAAACCGGAUCAAGAUAAAACCGGGGCACAUGAAACCAAAAGUACCGAGGAUCGGGGACCAGGUGACGGCGGCGACUCUGAUGCCCCACCGACGAAACGACCAAGAGCAGAUCAAACAGCAACAUCAUCAAUCAAAUCUGGAUCUGAUUGAAAUCUUAUACAAUGUCAUUUUGCUUCCCCUUUAGCUGACAGGGUAGGCCUGGAUAGAGGGUUAUAUAUGUGCAGUAGGGUGGAAUAUGCCAUCAGAAACCAGGAGAUGUUUGCGGAGCUUUAGGCAUUAUUGUUGAUGUAAAUCACGACAUGUUUUCUUCUUUUAGCAAAGAAACGAAUGUGGAGUUCUGAGGAUUUAGUCU